UGUCAGCGAGCGCUGCAGGUUGAUCGCCGCGGCUGCAGAUGAGCGGAGCCCGCGCGGGCGGGGGGGCGGCCGGGGCAGCGCCGCCGGGGCCGGGUCGGCGGCCGGCGCACUAUGCGAGGCCGGGAGGAUGGCGGUGGAAGCUAUCCAUUGCAAUCUGAAUCCAAAUGGUAUUGAUCACCCUGUCCCCACAGAAGGUAUUAACCUGCAGCUUGAAGGCGAAAGAGUUGAUUCGCUCGCGGUUAAGAACACUGGUACUCCGAAAGGGCCCGAGUCAAAAGACACCCCCAAGAGACAAGUGGAGCCGGAAAUAUCUAAGUCUGGGACCGUGAAGCUGACUAAGCCUGUGGCGUUAUGGACCCAGCAGGAUGUCUGCAAAUGGCUGAAGAAACAUUGCCCUAAUCAGUAUCAAAUCUACAGUGAGUCAUUCAAACAGCAUGACAUAACUGGCCGUGCUUUGCUGAGACUUACUGACAAAAAGCUUGAACGAAUGGGCAUUGCCCAGGAAAGCCUGCGACAGCACAUUCUGCAGCAAGUCCUUCAGCUGAAGGUGAGAGAAGAAGUCCGAAACCUCCAGCUGCUUACACAAGCCCCAGCAGAGAGCUCUCCGUAAACAUUUCCAGCCUCUAAAGCUGCUGUCCUGCCACUUGAUAUGAAAGUGAAUUUUCCUUCAUGAAAAAAACACAAUUAAUGGCGCUGCCAGAAGAUGACCAUGGAGGAUUGAAGACAAACUUGAAGUAAAAUCAGCCCACUCAGCUGAUACAUUCUGGGGAGACCUGGUUUGCUGUGGAGUAAAUAUGUGGUGCAAAAUAUCCAAAAUAUCUAAUUUGUUGAAAACAGUCACUGAUAGACCUUUAGCUGGAAAAUUUCUUCCAGUCUUCAUCACUGUGCAUAACUUUUGAGUUCCCUUUAGGGGACUGUCUAUGCCCUUCACUAGAAGUCCUGUUAUAGCAUGGCAACUACUGGAUUCUUUUAUUAUGUAUGCAGAUGGCAUGAUGUUUUAGGAAAAACUUACAACAAUUCUCCAAUCUCAGUGGAUAUGUUCACAAUAUUACACCCUGAUAGGAAUGUAAACGUCUUGUAUGUGUUAGUUUUGCAGUCUAAUGGUAUUCUGUUAAACAAUAUCAGCACUUCAUAUGUGCUUUUCUCACAGAAGUAGCACAGUCCAUAUAUAUAUAAUGGUCCUUUUUUAAAAUACUGAGGAUAUGUUUCAGUGUUUGUGCUGAGACUGCAUCCAAACUGAAGCCCAGUACUAGCAUCCCUUCACUGAUUCACAGUAGGUUGUGUAGAUAGAUUUGCACGUGGCAGAGAUGUGACUUCUUUUUUCAUGACUUAAGAGAACAGCUGUCACAGAGGUAGCCAAGAGCAGGGUAUACUCUGUGUCUGCUCUCCCUCUCACCCACCAAAUGUCAAAGGGUCCUGUUUCUGGUGUGCCAGUGUGUUUUCUAACUCAGCGAGGGAGAGGCAAGGGAGAGAGCCUUUCUCAGACAUGUAUGUGACCCUGGGUUUGGUCUGCAAUAAAACCAGAGUAAACUGGAA